UCAGGAAUUAUCGCGCUGAUACGAAACGCAAAUUAUGUUUUACAUUUUUAGCUCUCACACUUUAUACACGUGAGUUUUUUUUUUUUUUUUUUUUUUUUUUUUUGUUUGUUUGUUUGUUUUUUACGUUUUGUGGUUACUCUUCGAUCAUGUUAGUUUCUCGCAGUGCUGCCCAGUAGGCUUUCACUGAAGUAUCUUCUUUGUCUCGCGCGUCUAAAGAUACUGAAGCGUAUCGAACCUGAGGUAAUCGACAACCAUAAAACCCCGGGAAAUACAUAUAAAAUGCAUCUAAUUUCUCAUUUGAAUCUAUUGCCAAAAGUUUGGACAUUUUAUAUACAUUUGUAUUUAAAAAAACGUAUAAAUGUAAGAUUCUUGGAUGAAUAUAGAUUCUUUCAAACACAAUGAUCCGAUCACUAGUUUACCGUUCAUCCCAAAUUGGCUGUUAAAAAUAACCAAAAGCGAAUUAAAUAUAGAAAUAUACAUAUAUAAGACGUUUUCUGUAAGCUUAUCACAUGCACUGUACCCGAACUCAUUGUUUGAACGGCAAUUAUUCAACCGCAAAUAUCUGAAACGGUUGAUCGGCAACAUCUGCGAUGGAUCCAAAGAAAGAUACUAACGGCGUGGAGGAAGUGACAGGCAGCAGUGAUGAAGACCUUAAUAUUUCUGAUGAAGAAAGUGUGGACACCACAACAGAGGAUAUGUUCAUUGAUGGUCUUGACCCCGUUCUGGAUCGACCGUCGACUGACAUUGACUCUCUAGAGGAGGACUGGGAUUCAGACGCCAGCUUACAGCAGAGAAAACGAUCCCGUCUGUCAUCCACAUCUGUUGCCCCUGCUGCUGAAGGAAGUGGCGAUUCCUUGACAGAUGUUUUCUCCGGGGUCUCUAAAGAAAGCUGGCAUAGCACAGAUGAGGAUGAUGUUGAACCACCUCUUCCAGUCUUCUCACCUGUCCAAACACCUGGACCAAAGCGUUUACCCAAGUCAUGCAGCAGUCCUCUGCAGUUUUUUGAACUGUUCUUUUCAAAAUUCCUGAUGCAAAAAAUUGUAGGGCACACAAAUGUCUAUGGCACAAAGUGCAAGGAUAGAAAGAGAGAGAUAUGGCACUACAUUUGUGUGAAUGACUUGAAGUCAUUCAUAGCGAUGGUAAUUUAUAUGGGCCUGGUGAAGUGCUCUUCACUGAAAGACUAUUGGAGGGAGUCUGAGUACUUCAGUCUGUCCUUUCCUGCACAAAUCAUGUCUUACCAGAAAUUUCAGACAAUCUCCAGUGCUCUACAUCUAAGUAAUACCAAGGAAGAUGAGAGGAAUGAUUUGAAGAGGGGAACAUCAGCCUAUGAACGGCUGGGUAAAAUUCAGUCACUAUAUCAAAUCAUUAGAGAUGUCUGCAAGAUCUAUUUUCAUCCCUUUCAGAACAUUACCAUUGAUGAAAGAGUGGUGGCAGCACAGGCUAGAACGAGACUCAAACAAUGCAUGAAAAACCAGUCUACAGAUAGGGGGUACAAGCUCUUUGUCCUGGCAGACUGCAGCAGUGGCUAUAUAUGGGAUUUCUUUGUUUAUGAGGGAAAGUCAAGUGCAUCACAGAGCGAGGGUCUGAGUUAUGAGUCUGUGAUGGCAUUGGUGGAUGAAAAUAUGUUGGGCACUGGAUACAAGCUGUUUGUUGACAAAUUUUACACAAGCCCCACUCUCUUCAGAGACCUCCUCUGUAAAGAUAUCUGGGCUUGUGGUCCUAUUUGGGCAAACAGGAAAGGCUUCCCAAAAAACACUGUGAACAGAUUGCCAUGGAACACACCACGCGGCAGCAUACGUUGGAUUAGGGACAACGAGCUGCUGUUUGUUGAGUGGAAAGAUGCACGGGAAGUGCAGAUGUGUUCCACCUACCAUAAAGCCUAUGGAGGUGACACUGUGCAGAGGAAGGUGAAGGGAAAAGAUGGACAUCGGACCCUUGUUGAUGUCCCCAUUCCAGCUGCAGUGUUGGAUUACAACAGAAACAUGGGGGCAGUGGAUCCACCCAGUCGCAUUACUGGACAUUACAGAGUUCUUCAUAAACCAAGAAAGUGUGGAGCCAAUGAAUAAUUUGAAGCCUAUUCCAGUUAAAGACGUCUUAUCAAACUACUGAGCAGUGAUGAGGAACACUUUGGUAAAUCUGACCAAGAAAGUGUGGACAGCACAGCAAUUCCAUUCUAGAUUGGCCUUCAACAGACAAACACUCACCCAAGGAAGACUAGGAUUUAGAGGCCAGUGGACCACAGAGAACGAGAUCCUGUCAGUCUUCCACAUCAGUCCAAACACAAAACUUUAAAACACGAGUCCUCAAGAGGAGACACAAUCUGCUGCCAAAGGAGGUGGCAGUAAGAGAGAGACAAAUUCCUCAUCUGGAAUCUCAAAGGAGAGAUGGCAUAGUGUAGAUGAGGAAAAUGUUAAACCACCUCAUCAUACAUUCACACCUGUCCAAACACAUGGGUCAAUGUUUGCAUCCAUUUCAUAUAGCAGUCCUCUGCAGUUUUUUCAACUGUUCUUUUCGAGCUCUGUGCUGCAGACAACUGUAGAGCACACAAAUGCACACAGUGCCAAGUGUCCACAGGACGAGCAGUGGCAGGACAUUUCUGUGAAAGACUUGAAGUCAUUCCUGGCACUUGUACUUUACAUAGAUCUGGUGCAGUACUCUUCAUUGAUGGACUAUUGGAGGAAGUCCCAGUUCAUUAUUCCAUUUCCUGGAACUAUCAUGUCUUGCAGGAGAUUUCUAUCAAUCUCCAAUGCUCUUCAACUCAGUGAUCCCAAGGAGGAUGAGAAGAACACAAAAAAUAGGGGAACUUUAACUUAUGAUCAUCUGGGUAAAGUCAAACCACUGUACCAAGACUUCAGGGAGGCCUGCAAAACCUGUUUUCAUCCCUCUCAAAACAUCAAAAGUGAUGAAAGAAUUGCCGCAGCACAGGCUCGAACGGACCCGAAGAGUUCACGCAAAACUGAUCUGCAAAUAUGGAGUGCAAACUGUUUGCACUGGCAGACAGUAGUAGUGGCUCUACGUGUGAAUUCUUAGUUUAGGACAGGAAGUCGUGUGCAUCUCAUAGUGAGGGGCUGGUCUAUGAAUCCAUUAUGGCAUUGUGGAAGAACACUAUUUGGGCACUGGGUACAGGCUGUUUGUUGAUGACGACUUUUACACCAGCCCAAAACUCUUCAGGGACCUACUCAGUAAAAAGACCUUUGCUUGUGGCCCUGUUUAGGCAAACAGGGAAGGGUACCCCAAAACAACUGAGAACAGAAUGCCAAGCGACGCACCACACAGCAAAGUACAUUGUAUUUGGGACAACGAACAUCUGCUUGAGUGGAACGACAAGCAGAUCGUGCAAAUGUGCUCCACCUUCCAUAAAUGUGGUGACACUGUGUUGAAGGUGAAGGGACAUGGCGGAUGUCAAACCGUUGAGGAUGUCCCCUUACUAGCUUUGAUGUGGGACUACAACAGGUUAGUAGAAUUUAUUCAGUGGUGGUGUUUAGGAAAUUGUAUGUAUGCCAGUGCUUUUAGAAGGUUUCCUUUUUAGUAAUUAAUGUUCAGUCUAUAUUCCCAUUCAGAAACAAUUCAAUUAAUGGAUAUUACAAAGUUCUCCAUGAAGCAAGAGAGUGGAGAGUAUCACUUGUUGGACAUCACUGUAGAUAAUGCAUUUAUCUUGCACGCACUGAUAGCCAAGGCAAAGAACAGGAAGGCUUCGUCUUGGACGGCAUUCCUGGAGACACUUGUUUUAGAGCUUACAGAAGGGGCUUCUCAAAACAUUGCGGACUCUGCGCCAGUUACCUCAGGUUCUCAUCAUGUUUUCCACCCACCAGUGUACAAAACAAAGCAGAAGUGCUGGCUCUGCCAUCAGAAAACCCAAAUCACAUGUGAGAUAUGUGAUGUGCCAUUGUGCCUUCAGCGCAAGCGAAAAUGUUUUCAUGCAUGGCCUGGAUUUUGUUAGUUUUGACUGAUGGCUAAAAUGUAAUAGAGAAGUGUUUUUUUUUUUCUUUUCUUUUU